GUUUUUCAUUUUUAGUAAACAAGAUGCAACGAACAACACUGGGUUAUGUGGGCAGCCUUCUGGUCUUUUGUGACAUCUUGCUUGUCCUCACAGGUUACGAGAUACCUCGAGGUUGCAUGGUGGAAAGAACUUCUAUAUCAGUUGAACCGAUUGAAUUCGAUUCGGUUGACUUCCACGUCCACAUCUCCCAUUCAGGGUCCAACGGCAGUCUCGGAAAACUCUUUGAGGCGCGUCUCGAAUGCAAAGAUAAUUCCUACUUGAAUUACGACAUCAUCACCGUGGCAGAUGAGAACGUUCUUCUUGAGAUUAAUCGUGAUGAGAUUAAUCGUGGUGAAAGGAACAAAACCUUUCCUUUAGUGGUUCCAAGGUUCCAAGAGGGGUGGACAAAAUUCAGCCUCGGUUUUGUGAAGCAUUACUUCCUGCAGGGUACAGGAGGCCAUCUCUGGUGGGCUCACAACGACUCUUCUACUGACUGUCACGUAGUCAAGGUCGAAGUAAACGGUUUUCUGUUAAUGCGGUAUUGUCCAUCCCAGGAAGUAUCCUGGAGGGUAUCAGAUAGGGAAUGGAUAGACGUGCCUUUGUUUAUAAAUUCCGGGAACAGCAACACAGAACAUCUGAUACUGUAUUCCUCCGAGGAUUUCUAUCCUAAGAUGAAAUUAGACGAAUGGGAAUUCUGGAUUGGGAUGGACGCCAAUGCUAUGGCCAUCAAGAAGGAGAGAGAGGACAGACCGCUUCCAUCUUUCACUGAACAUCACCUGGUAUUGCUCUUCAGGGAAUCCAAGAACAACUCCACAGAAAUUAGGAUAAUGAGCGAGAACAGAGAACUCUCCUCGCAAGCAGUGAAACAAAAACCCAGGCAUUUAAAGGUGUUGAAGGGUGGGAACGCUUCAUAUUUCCUUACUCAGCGGCAGAGGAGCACUCCCGACAACGAAGUUGAAAUUAUUCCAUCACAUCCAGCAAACCCAUCAGAUACCAUCUGGAUUCUUUCGGGAGUGCUGGGUCUUUGUUGUGUUGUCAUCACAGUGCAGUUAACAUGGCAAUUACGGCUCUACUGGACUUUCAAGAGGAAGAUCUCCACCACUGAAGGCACUGUCAAUAGGAGACGCCUUAAUGGAGAAGAUCAUCUUGAUCAUGUCCAAAUUUCGGCACCAUGGGGUCACCCAACACUGCCUCUCCCAGCAUCACCGCCUCCCCCGACGCCCCUCUCAUUUCGAGGACCAUCUCGUCCUCCCUUGCCGAGAGGACGCGUUGUCCUUCAGGAAAGACAGAGAAGUCCAGAGGAACACGCCUAUUAUGAGAUGCUGCCAUUUGCUACUGGAAUCCUGGCUAAAGCCAACGUGGCUGACGUCGAAGACAGCGCUGAGACCGUCAAUGACAUAUAUGAAAGUACGAGCGAGUAAAAUGUCCGGCAGAACUGCAGUCACAUGAGCUAAUAUUAUUGUUAAGAGGUCAUACUUUGGAAAUGUGAAGUGGUGAUGUUAAUGAAUUGCAAAAGAAUAGUUUGUGAAAAACAUUUUGAUUCGGGAAACCUCUUCUUUUCAUCAUACAGCUGUGAAUACAACGGCAAAAUGGAGGAAUAUUACUUUCAAGAAGAAAGCUCUUUGAUUUAU